CCACCCAGCUCGGUCCAUUUCUUGGGGUGCAGCUGAGGGGCAAGAAGGCAGCACCCCUUCGUCCUCUCCUGAUGUGGCGGGUCCCUCCGCAGUCUACAGAUGCUCUUCUCUCCGUCCGUCCGAAACUCUGCCUUCGGUGGAUGGAGAAGCCCCCAAAAAUCCUUCUAAAAGUGGCCAACUUUUGGGGUGACUAUGGAGAAUGUGCUGUUUUCUGCGCUGAUGGGGCUUCUCUUCUAUCCAUCGGCCCUGCUGGUCAAACCCUUCGUACAUUUUCACCCGCUCCAGUUAAAUCUAACAGAAGGAGAGACAGCAAAAUUUACUUGUUCCAUCUCCAAGCCUGAUUUGGGGAAACAUCUGGACUGGUACAAGCAGGGCCACGACCAUCAGCCGGUCAAAUUGGACGGCAGCAGCCGGAAGUACGGCUUUUCCAAGAGAGACAACCGCACCUACGAGAUGGAAAUCCGGCAGGUGGAGAAGAACGACAGCGGGACUUAUUACUGCUGGGUGAAUCCCUUCAACUCGGAAGGGACCAUGCUGGAGAGUAACCGAAGCAACCUCGUUGUGACAGAAAAAGUCGCUGCAACUCCACCUCCAGACGAGAUGAAGGAGCAGGAUGAUGGCGUCCGCCAAGACACCAAGAGUUCUUUCUUGGACUUGCGAGGGUGUGGAGUGUUUAUCCUGCUCGUUGUGUUAUAUUUCUUGUUGUGGAUCAUCAGAAGGAGACGACAAAAGCAAAAGGAACAGAAGCAUGGAAACGCUCCCCUGAAAGAAGUCGACCCUCCAGCCGUAACUGUAUUCACAGUCGAUUACGAGAUGCUGGCGUUCCCUGGGGACCGAAGACGAAACCAGCGGCUUCUCCAAAACCCGUCCAGCGGGAACCGACGGAAUACGCCACCAUCGUUUUCCUCCCGAAGGCUCCGGAGGCUGCAGAGAUGGAGGACGCCAAACAGGCAUCUUAUCCGGUCUGUGUGCAGCAGCCUUGACCCGGCCAGCCGCUCCUCCUUGUGGUUUCCAGAUUGCACAUCUGUGUAGAUAUUCUGGGGCUUCACCCCGAAGGUGGACUGGUGGUGGUAGUGGUGGGACGAGAGCACCGAGUCAUUUUGGGGAAACGAGACACGUCUUAAGAUCAUAUUGGCUGGAAAACCACAUCCUCUCUGAACGGCACGAAUCGAAGGAGCGAAGGGGGGAUGUCUGGGGUCAGGUGGGGAGGGCGCUCUGCGCGGGCACAGAGGCGCUCUCUCCCUAGGGCUGAAAAGAGACAAGAGGGUUUGCAAAGCAGGUCCUCCUCGCUUGGAGAGGAAGCCCCUCGACGUACGAAGUUUCUGUCGCCGGGUGAAUUUUGCCCCGUUUUGCAAAUCUUCCUGCCGCCAUGGGUUAAGUGAAUUCUUGCAGUUGUUAAAUGGAUCUGGUUUCCUCAUUGUCUUGGCUGGUCAGAUGGUCGCAAAAGGGGAUCGCGUGACCGCCCCCUCCCCCCGGGUCACUGCAAGGCUCAUAAACACGAGUCAGUUGCCAGGCAUCUGAAUUUUGAUUAUGGGAUUGUCGGAAUGGUGCAAGCAUUGUAAGCGUGGUAAACGGAUGUAAGCCACUUUUUCCAGAGCCAUUGUAACUUUGAACAGUCGCUAAAUGAGAACUACCUGUACCAUCAGGUAAAGAAGUUUAGAUCCCCUCCCCCACACACAUACACACUUAUUUUUCCAGAAGCAAAAUAAAUAUAGAAAAACAAUAACAGAGUUUGGUCUACUAGUUAAUGCACCGGGCUAGGAGAUGGUGAGUUCUAGUCCCGCCUUAGGCAUGAAAGCCAGCUGGGUGACUUUGGGCCAAUCACC